GUUCCCAAGCACGGAGAUGGAAAUAUCAAGUUGGGAGACAGCGGCGUCUAUUCUCUGUAUUCCCUACGAGCCGCAAAAAGUGAACUCCAGUGAUCCUGCGUGUGCUGCAUUGGGAUGUGGGCCUGAUGGCACUUGUGACGUGGAUAAGCAAUUCAAAGACCUGUACUGCCAGUGGGCCUCACCCUGUGGCGCCUGCCCCACCGGAGCCACCUGCAAAAUCGUGCCUUGGGGAGACAAAGAGAGGGUGGAGGUGCCUUACUGCGCGUGCCCUAAAGGCUAUGGGAUUACCCCGACCAAGUGUGUUAAGGGUCGAGCUUCCACCGUUUCUUCAUCCAGCAUCACAAUUAUCGUCGAUCAAACAGCCUCGGAUUUCAAUUCUCGACCCUACACAUUUCGCGCCGAGAUCAAUAGCUGCACUCAGUUUCCAAAUGCACUGGUCGGGAAAUUCACGGCAAUACUUGGUGUAGACAACAUCGGCGAUGCUCCCAAAUGCACCAAUUUCAAACACUACCCAGCCGAUAACUGUGACAGUGACAGGGUAGGAGAAGACUCCUUGGAAGACACUCCGAAGCUGUUUUCUUCAUAUUCAUG